UGUUCUCUCAAAAAAAAAAAAUUGUUGUUAUUAUUUUUAUCUUCUAAAUUAUUACUUAAUUUUACUGACACAAAUUAAACAAGGAAAAGGUAAGUGUAAGUGCAAAUAGAAAGCAAAUGAUCCAUAGAAUUCGCAUCUUCAUGACAUGUACGAUGUAAACUCUAGCUCACUCAAAUGUACUAAUGACUCGGGUUUUUGCUAUUUUUAGCCAUGUCUAUUUUUUCACAUUAAUAGCAUCAAGUGUGUCUUAUAAAUACAAACCAAAAAGAAAACAAAAAACAACACAACACAAAGAAGUUAAAGGGUUUGCUUAUACAAAUGACUUUUUCAAAAGCAUGUUGCAGUUUUCUCUGGCUCUACCUAAUUAUAGUGUCAUUUGUAGCAUUUCAAUGUAAUGCUAAUGGUAGCCAAAUUUCAUCUCUAGUUGUAAAUGCUGCUCAGGGAAGGCCAAUGCCUAACACCCUUUUUGGAAUAUUUUAUGAGGAGAUCAACCAUGCUGGAUCUGGAGGAAUAUGGGCUCAACUUGUGAACAACUCAGGGUUUGAAGCUGCAGGAACACGUACGCCAUCAAAUAUUUUCCCUUGGACCAUAAUUGGAACAGAAUCAUCUGUUAAGCUACAGACUGAGCUUAGUUCUUGCUUUGAACGCAAUAAGGUUGCAUUAAGAAUGGAUGUGUUAUGUGACAAGUGCCCUCCUGAUGGUGUUGGAGUCUCUAACCCAGGUUUUUGGGGCAUGAAUAUCGUGCAAGGGAAGAAAUACAAGGUAGUGUUCUUUUAUCGGUCGUUAGGAUCACUAGAUAUGAGAGUAGCAUUCAGAGAUGCCAUUAGUGGAAGAAUAUUGGCUUCUAGUCAUAUCAUCAGACAUAAGGCUUCAAAAAAAAAGGGUUCAAAGUGGCAAAGGGUUCAGACCAUAUUAGAAGCCAGAGCAUCAAGUUCAAAUUCAAACCUUACCUUAACAACAACUAAAGAGGGAACAGUAUGGUUGGACCAAGUAUCUGCUAUGCCUACCGACACAUUUAAGGGACAUGGUUUCCGGAAGGACUUGGUUGAGAUGUUGAUUCAGUUGAAACCAGCCUUUCUUAGAUUUCCAGGUGGUUGUUUUGUUGAAGGAGUACAAUUAAGGAAUGCAUUUCGGUGGAAAGAUAGUGUUGGACCAUGGGAACAAAGACCUGGUCACUUGAAUGAUAUUUGGAAUUAUUGGACAGAUGAUGGACUUGGUUUUUUUGAGGGUCUUCAAUUAGCUGAGGACAUUGGUGCAUUGCCAAUAUGGGUCUUCAACAAUGGCAUCAGCCAUAGUGAUGAAGUUGAUACAAGUGUUAUCUCACCUUUUGUGAAAGAAGCACUUGAAGGUAUUGAGUUUGCUAGAGGUUCAUCCACUUCAAAAUGGGGCUCUGUUAGAGCAUCUAUGGGACACCCAAAACCUUUUAACCUAAAAUAUGUUGCUAUUGGUAACGAAGAUUGUUACAAGAAAAAUUACUAUGGAAAUUACAUGGCCUUCUACAAAGCAAUAAAGAAAUUUUAUCCAGAUAUUCAAAUUAUUUCAAAUUGUCCUGCUUUUAAGACACCGUUAAAUCACCCGGCGGAUCUCUAUGAUUAUCAUACUUAUCCUAUUGAUGCUCGAGCUAUGUUUAAUGCUUAUCAUGAUUUUGAUAAGUCACCACGCAAUGGACCAAAGGCUUUUGUGAGUGAGUAUGCUCUAAUAGGAGCUCUACAAGCUAAGUAUGGAACCCUUUUGGGAGCUGUGUCUGAAGCUGGAUUCCUUAUUGGAUUAGAAAGAAAUAGUGAUCAUGUUGCAAUGGCUUCUUAUGCACCACUUUUGGUAAAUGCAAAUGACAGAAAUUGGAAUCCAGAUGCAAUUGUUUUUAACAGCUAUCAAGCUUAUGGGACUCCUAGCUAUUGGGUGACAUAUAUGUUUAAAGAGUCAAAUGGAGCAACAUUUCUCAACUCACAACUUCAAACACCUGAUCCUGGCUCACUGAUUGCAUCUGCAAUUCUUUGCCAAAGUCCUCAAAAUAAUAGUACUUACUUGAAAAUAAAGAUUGCAAACAUAGGAAGCAUCCCAGUGAAUCUCAAGAUUUCUCUUCAAGGAUAUGUGAGCAAAAACCUAGCUGGGUCAACGAAGACCGUUCUCACGUCUGGAAAUAUACUUGAUGAGAAUACCUUCGCAGCACCAAAAAAGAUAGCACCACAAACAAGUCCACUUCAGAAUCCUGGCAAUGAGAUGAAUGUCAUGAUCCCUCCAGUUUCAUUAACAGUAUUAGAUAUGUUUAGAUAAUAGCAUUCAUAAAUUGUGUGAGAAAUAAUAAUAAUACUGAGCAGUGCUAUUCUUCACGAGAGAAAUCCUCCCGAGAGCAUCGCGAAAACAAGCACAGCCAAUGAAAAUGUAGUGCCUAACGGAAAACAUGUCAGGAUGGCGGAAAACACGGAAUCCAAAACCACUAAAACAUGCCAAGUGUCUCAUGAACUCCUUCGCUGUCCUUUUCUUCGCGAGACAUAGCAUUAUUGAUAAUAAUACCCUUAGAUAGAAUUCAACAAGGGAAAAGGGUUGAAUCUAUUAGGAGUAUUAUUUUCAUAGUUUUUAAUUGUAGGCUGAUGUGUAGUUCCCUUGGUUAUUCUUGUUUGGGUUUUGGUAUAGUCCCCCCAAAUGUCUUUGUACCUUUCUUUUUUUAUUUAAUAAUAUUUCUUAAGUGUUGGUGGCUAA